AUAAAAGCGAAGAAGAAAAAUUUCUGCUGACUAGUGUGCAUAGUGCAUCAAGUUAAGCACGAUGAUUAAACUAUUCCUCAUUACUUUACUUUGCGUGACGCUGGUGUUUGCCGAAUCGCCACUAGAAAACUUUCGAAAUGUACGAGCACUGGACAAACCAAUGACAGGAUUACAUGCGAAAUUAGUACGACGAUCACCACCUGGAGGGGGAGGAGCAGGAGGGGAAGGGCAUGGAGGAAUGUCAGGAGGAUUUGGUGGAAGUAUGGGUGGAGGAGCAGGAGGAAGCGGCAAAUAAUGAUCAUGAAAAUCAUAUGGAUCAUCGUACAAUGAAUAGUUUAUGCUCUUUAGGUCUCUGGAUAGAUAUGGAUAUUGAAGCCUAUCAUUAUAAGAUAGAUAAAAAUGAUUUAGAUUUCACUCCGCACUUUGACACGUCUUUAUUAGAUUGCUUUGCACACUCAAGAACCCCGAUGAUUUUAAAAUAAAACUUAGCACUCUGCAAAAUA